AGUUGGCAGAAAGCUAGAGUUUUGUUGAGCCUUGCCUUGGGGCUGUCUUGUCUUCAGCCAGAAAUAUCUUUAAAAAAAAACCAAAAACAUCCUUUGGAGCAGGGCCAUGGAUUUGAAGAAGGGAGUCUUAAAAUGCUUGAGAAGGACCUACCUCUGGAGCAUGUUUUCUUUUUCCCCUGGAGAAUGCAAUUCCCUUCAAGUUGUUUCAGGUUUUGGGGGCUGCUUUGGUUAUUUAUCUUCCACGCAGCAAAACUCAGCUCCAUUUCAACGUCCACCAAAAAAUAGCCGGAAAAAGAGAAGAAAACAAGAACGGUCAAACCACAAGGAUUGAUUGCUUAUUUUUUUUCCAAACAGCCAAGCAAUAUUCUUGUACAAUUUCCUUCCUGCCUAAGUUCAUUCCCUCUCUUUUGUUUUGUUUUGUUUUUUUCUUUCUUGCCUGCCUGUGUAUGUUUUCUGAGAAAUGUUGCAUUUAAUUGCCAAGUGCACUGUUAAGCUGACUGCUUAAUUCCUCAGUAGGGUGUUGCAAACGCUGGUGUUUCCUCUCGUAUUUCAAAAGCAGGCUUAAUCCAAUAACGGGGGGGGGGGGCAAGGGAGAAUAGUCCAGAUACCCAGAUAAAAUCUAAUUUUGUGAGGCAAGCUACUACAGUCUCCGAGGACCGCCCGGGAUUCUUAAAAGGAAACCAAGACAUUGAUUCCACUUCUUCUUAGGAAAGUGGACUUUCUUAAUAAUCAAGAUUUAUCCUCAUGCGGGAAGGAAAGGACUCCGAACAGUCUUGGCUGCGGUGCCAAAGGAGUGAGUUUCUUCUCCCUUGAAGCUGGACAAGUGGGAGAUUUAGAGGCCGAUGAGUUGAAGGGUGUGAAACUGUCGCUGGCUGCUUUCUACAAAGAAUUAAGGGAAAAAAGGAGGGGGGGCACCAAAAUCACGAAUUAAUUGUCUUCUUGAACUUUAUUGGUCAAGAAACUUGCUUGGGGGAAAUGUGAAGCACACAUUCUAUUUUUUCCCCUCUUUUUUUUAGCCUCAAAUGUUUUGUUUUUUUCCUUAAAGAAGGUGAAAAGAAGCACUUGACAGCUUGGUCCAUGUAGCGGUUAGCACAAGGGGAGAAUGAAAACAUAACUCUACUCAAUCCUGUAACUUUUUAAGCUCUUCUUCACACAACACUCCUCCUCGUCCUCGUCCUCCUCCUCUUCCUCCUUCUUUUUCUUCUCUCUCUCUCUCUCUCUCUCUCAUAUAUGUCCUCCCACCGCUGCCCUCGACCGGUCCAAUUUCAUCACAAAAUGAGAAUUUGAUAGCUCUCUCAAUUGAUUGGGGAGAGUCACCUCUAGCUAUCUUCACAUCCAGAGACUGCUUAGCCAUCAGAAGGAGAGGAUGAAGUGGAAUAAGACUUGAUCGCCGAGGCGUGCUUGGGAGAGCUGUUUCCCAUGGCUAAGACAGAGAGAUAGAGAAUGGCCUUCCUCCUCCUGCUCAACUGGACCUCUCCAGGGUCAGUCUUCCACGGGAUGCUUCCAUGCUGAUCCAGAGAACUUCCCUCAAGCCAGUCGCCGACUUGCUCACGAUUCCGGGAUCCUUUCUGCUUGGCCGCCUCUGCCAUGCUUUACCACGUGGUCACCUUACUGCAUUGUCUCCCUCUGGUCAUGGGACAGUAUGAUAUCUGCAAAUCCUGGGUCACCACGGACAAUGGACCGAUGUGGGAGUUUUACGCUUGCCAGCCCAAAGCUGUGGCUAUGAAAGACUUUGCGACGGUCCGGGUGGAGCCCUCCGGCAUCACCUGUGGGGAUCCGCCCGAGCGGUUCUGCACGCAUGAAAACCCGUACUUGUGUAGCGACGAAUGCGAUGCUUCCAAUCCGGAUCUGGCCCACCCUCCCAAGCUGAUGUUCGACAAAGAAGACGAAGGCCUGGCCACCUACUGGCAGAGCGUGACCUGGAGCCGUUACCCGAAGCCUCUGUUGGCCAACAUCACAUUGUCUUGGAACAAGAGCAUUGAGUUGACCGACGAUGUCGUCUUGACUUUUGAGUACGGCCGUCCCACCAAAAUGAUCUUGGAGAAGUCCGUGGACAACGGAAGGACUUGGCACCCCUACCAGUACUAUGCGGAUGAGUGCAACGAGGCGUUCGGCAUGCCGGCGCGGAAGGUGAGGGAGCUGUCCGCCACCAGCGUCAACAGGGUCAUCUGCACGGAGGAAUACUCUCGUUGGGUUGGGUCCAAGAAAGAGAAGGAGGCUAGAUUUGAAGUGAAGGACCGCUUCGCCAUUUUUGCCGGGCCUGAACUUCGAAACAUGGACAAUCUUUACACCAGGCUGGAGAGCGCCAAGGGCCUUAAGGAUUUCUUCACCGUGACAGACUUGAGGAUACGGCUCUUGAAACCGGCGCUGGGGGGCACCUAUGUCCAGAGGGAGAACUUGUACAAAUACUUCUACGCAAUCUCCAAUAUUGAAGUCACAGGCAGGUGUAAAUGUAAUCUCCAUGCCAACCAGUGCAUUUUCAAGGAAGGAAGUCUCCAGUGUGAAUGUGAACAUAACACAACGGGACAGGACUGUGGCAGAUGCAAGAAGAAUUUUCGGAGCAAAUCCUGGAGAGCUGGAUCCUACCUUCCCCGCCCCAACGGUUCUCCUAACGUGUGUGCAGCUCCAAAUUUUGGCACAAAGGAGCAAGCCAGGCCAGUAACGAAUCGACAAAUUGUCGUUCUUACAACUACAAUUUCCGAAGCCACGAUUAGUACCACCAAUACAAUGAAAAGCUCUUGGGUGCCCACCACUCCCCUCCUUACAACACAGCAGCCAGUUUUGCCCAAGACUUCCAGAGUCAUUGAGAUCAAACCUAAAUCUGAUGUCCGGAUCCCUCUUGAAACGUUUCAAGACUGUGAAUGUUACGGGCAUUCCAACCGGUGCAGCUUCAUCGAUUUCCUGAAUUUAGUGACCUGCAUUAGUUGCAAGCAUAACACGCGGGGACAACACUGCCAGUAUUGUCGGCUUGGCUACUUCCGAAAUAGCUCUGCAGAGUUGGACGAUGAGAAUGUUUGCGUAGAUUGCAACUGCAACCGAAUUGGCUCACUGGCUAACCGUUGUAAUGAGACCGGCUAUUGCGAAUGCAAAGGUGGUGGCGUGACGGGGCCGAAAUGUGACGAUUGUCUGCCCGGCUACUACUGGAGGCAAGGUUGCUUACCCAACAUCUGCGAUGACGAGCUCCUGAUUUGCCAAAACGGAGGCACGUGUUACGAGAACCAGCGGUGUCUCUGCCCGCCAGGAACCAAGGGCGUCCUGUGUGAACAAACUAAAUGUGAAGGGGAAGAUACGGAGUGCGACUCCGUCUCCGGAACGUAUCUCAGCCUUUCGGCCUUUGUGGCCAGCGCGGUUGGCCUACACAUGCAGCAACUGUUGGACCUCUGAAGGACAAGGGGGGGAAAGUGCUCCGUCAAAAUCCCACAGGAAACCUCGAGUGGAAGCGAGAAAGGACGGGACCACUUGAAAACGUUGCAAGCACAGAAGAAACAUCACCCAGCGGAGCUGGUGUCUUCUUGGGCCUUGCUGGCCAUGAGUUGAAGGAUUCAAAAGAAGUUCCUGCUCCUCACCGAGGUCUUUGGUUGGACGUAAUUGAAGGAACAUAGAUACCUUUUAUGGUGUCCACCCAACCAGGAAAGGACAUCUCAACAGGACUUUGCGAGGGGGGAAUGCUAAUUGUUUGCAAUUUUCCAACUAUCUUCUCGAGGGGAAAAUUGUCCAGAGCUCUCCUUUGCACAAGGGUAGCUUCCAAAAAGGGGUGGGAUGGGGGUGGAUUGCCCUCAGUUAUCUUGCAUUUAUGUUGUGCUGCUCUUCCCUUCCAAAUCUCUUCUUUCUUCCAGCCCGAUUUUUUAGGAAGACGUAGCUCAGCGAAACGGGCUGGCAGGUGCAAAAUUGGAAAAGGAACAUUAUGGGACCUUUUUCCUCUUGUUUAGUUAGGCCUUAAAGGAUAACGUGGCCUCUCAAAAAAAAAUCAAAUUGCUGAAUUUAUUAAGUUUUCUUUUUUUUCUUUUCUUUUGGAUUCGUUUUCCUUUUUUUACUCUUUUGGUUGAGAGUCUUCGGCUUUCCACACUGGUUUUUUAUUACGCAAAAAAAAAAAAAAAAA